CCCGGCGGUGUGUCCGCCCGCUCGGGAAGUACCGCCCGCUGAAGUGGGGGCGUCAUCACUCAGCACAUGCAGCGCGGGCGCGGGGGGGAGUCCCGGUGCCUGCGCAGCUCCCGCCCGGCUGUGCUGCCCCUCACGGCGGCGGGACGGGCCACCCCCCAAGCCCCGGGCACCGCCGGCUGUGUGGGCCAGGUGCUGGGCGAGAGGCGGCCGCUUGCGGGGGUCCCGCCGCGCACACACACAGCCCGGCCCCGGCGGAACCCAGCUCACUGUCGUUCGCCGCCCUGCCUGUCGAGUAGGCAGCGGGCCCGCCCGCCGAGCUCCGGCCCUCAUGCAGGCCCGAGGCGUGGCGAGAGGCGGGGUAGGAGCAGGUGGGGCGGGCCGACUCGCAGCGCCGCCGCGGCGGAGCCGGAGCGGCGGAGCCGGAGCGGCGGGCGGGCGGCUGGGCGCCAUGGGCGCGCAGCUGUGGUGGGACCAGCUGCGGGCCGGCAGCUCGGAGGUGGAUUGGUGCGAGGACAACUACACCAUCGUGCCCGCCAUAGCCGAGUUCUACAACACGGAAUUGGAUCUGUUUACUUUCAUGCCACCCUCAGUUUCCUGGGCCAGAUGCUGGAUGAGCUGGCUAUUCUCUGGGUCCUGAUGUGUGCUCUUGCCAUGUGGUUCCCUAGGAGAUACCUGCCCAGAGUUUUUCGGAAUGACAGGAGCCGAUUUAAAGCUGCCGUAGGUGUCCUGUCUGGAGUUACUACUUGCCUUGCCUUCAUUAAGCCUGCCAUCAACAACAUCUCACUAAUGACUCUGGGUGUUCCCUGCACAGCUUUGCUCAUUGCGGAGUUGAAGAGGUGUGAAAACCUGCGUGUGUACAAACUGGGUCUCUUUUCAGGUCUUUGGUGGAUGCUAGCACUUUUCUGCUGGAUCAGUGACAAAGCAUUUUGUGAGAUCUGGUCCUCAUUUAAUUUCCCCUAUUUGCACUGUGUAUGGCACAUUUUGAUUUGCCUUGCGGCGUACCUAGGCUGCGUCUGCUUUGCUUACUUCGAUGCUGCCUCUGAGAUCCCUGAGCAGGGCCCUGUCAUAAAGUUCUGGCCCAGUGAAAGAUGGGCUUUCAUUGGGGUUCCCUACGUCACCCUCCUCUGCGCACACAAGAAAGCACCUGUGAAGGUCACAUGAAGUUAGCCCCGGAAUGGGAAUGAAGAUUCAACUUAUAUGCCAGCACAGACAGUAUUUAAAUAAUGAUAAUUGAAUAGGGUUGUAUUUUAUCUUCUUCCUAAGACAUGCUGCACUUCAGGUGUCAUGGAAAGAGGAAGCAAGUGUGUUCUUUCCUCUCUGGAGAGGAGAGAGGAAGCAGGAAGGGAGAGGCCCUCAAACACUAAAGGAACCACUACCUACUCUGGUUGGCUCUGUUUUUCACUGUUAUUUUCAAUGUAGCGUUUCGCUUGAUAAAAGCUCCUUCCAAAUAUGAGGCUCAAGGAGUGAUGUUUCUGGAGUAUGUCUCCUCUGGUGCUUGAUUCACUUCAUUUGUAACUUCUGGCUUAAGGCCUUGUUUGUGAAAGAAGCCAGUCCCAGAUGCCUACAUGCCAUCCUAUGUCCUUCUGAACUAUGACUUUGGUGUGGUUGCACAUGGCCACAAGAGUGUGCUCGAAGCACGUGCUCCUCCCAGUCCGGCAUGUAUACAGUGAGUUCUGCUGUGCAUCACAUUGGAUCACAGAGUAUGUGGUUACUUCCCCAAGUACAAUAGGAGACAAGUGCAAAGUGUUUGCAACUGGGCAACUGAAUCAGUGCAGUUAGGCGUGUAAAUGUGAGAAUAGCUGACAGAAGAUUGUCACUAAAAUUAAAUAGGAGUUCAAAGGUUUUGAAUUUUUCUGUAGACUGACCUUUAGACAUUUGUAUGCUGCAUAUUUCCCUCUUACAGAAAUGUCACAGAAAUCCCUCUCUACCUCUACAGAGACAUUUGGUCUUGAAUUUGCUAUUGAAGUUCACACAGAAGUCUGAACAUUAGCUGCAGUAACAGCUCAGGUCAGCGUGGAUUGACAGUGUGAUUAAACUACAAAAACUCAUAGGUGCCUACCUGUACAUCCAGUUUGAGAGUUAACUUCUUACCAAGGCAUUGCAAAGUGACAUGAACAAUAGUCCAGCGCUCCGCUAGUUAUACUUAGGAAAAAAAGUAGAUAACUGCUUAAAAAUCAAGCUGAAGACUUAGAUUUCAGUGAGCAAUGAAAUGUGACGUUGAGUCUUGCGUUCUUAGAAAACAACAAUAGAUUCAAAUGUUCUGUUUGUUUUCAGCCAGUUUUGUAAAGAUAAGGGAUGUCUAGAUCUAUUUAAUUUUAAGGUUGUACUUUGGGGUUGAGAUUCAGGAAUGGCUGUGGGUUUUGCAGCAAUUUAUGCUAGUUCUGUUUAAAAAAUGAUGCAAAGUAUAGGCAUGUUUUUCAAAUAUUAGCGGUUGUAGCUGCUGAUAGCUGCAGUCUUGGGAAAAAAAGGUCUGCUUACAUUCCACCUAGUAUCAGAACUGUAAGUAAGUUAAGGCUUUGGAUAUUUUUCCAAAUAUUUCGUUUUUUAAUAUUAGACCAGGAAAUACCAUUUCCUUUGUGCUUUCGUUUGUCUCAUGUUGUACUUGUUUUUUAUUAAUGUGAAAAUGUACCCUAUACAGUGUCAUCUUUAGGAAGGUGACUUUUAACAAGAACUUUGGGGUGAAUUAACUUUCAAGCAUUGUAAAACUUUUAAGACAACUUUUAUAUUCAAAUCUGUGCUUAGAAAACAAGAGCUAAGGUGUAUGCUGUUAUGCUUAAAGCAAAGUUUUGUUAGAGGGAGAUGUGACUGUCUUCUUGAGAACUUCAAAGCUGGUAAGUAGCCUACUGUUAGAUUGACUGACAGAUCAUAAAACCAGCAAAAUCUGUCCAGUGGAACAGUGCAGAUUUGUAUCACUUGGUAGUAGAUUUAUCGGAGAGAAACGUGGUUUUUUGACAGUCAUAUAAUCUUUAUAUGAAACUUGUUUGUAAAAAUUCAUACAGUAAUGUUUGUUACUCUUUGAAACACAGCUGCUUUUUCCUUUUCCUUCCUCUCUCUCUAAAUAUGAAAUACACUUCUCAGGUAUUAAAAUUCAUAUGAUUAGAUCCUUACACAGAUAGGCUUGCUGGCUGGAACCCAGCUAAUGUUGUUGAUGCCUAACAUGGUCCUACUUUGAGUAAGAUUUUACAAUAUUGUUUUCUAAAUUAUUAUGUUAUGGUAAAUAAGGUAUUUUCAGUAUUGCUUGGAAACUUAGUAACUGCAGACAUAAUGCAAAAUUACUGGAACCUUCCUACUUAGUAUUUUUUUGAAAGCAACCUUUGAUUCAAAGGGCUCUAAUCAACCUGCUAUCAACUGCUGUGUUCUGCUCUGCAGAGUCUGACUGCUCACGAAGAAGUAAUUUUGUAAUUGAAAAAACUUGGCAGAGUGCAUUCAGCUAUUGCAGAGGUGAGCGAAUAUAGGUACAGGCCAAGAAUCAUCUCCUGUAUUUUUAUAAACUAACCUCUAGCCUUUGUACUCUUCAUAGGAGAUUCUAUGAACAAAGAUCACUAUCUGAUCUCCGCUAUAGAACUAGUUGGGAAUAUUCCACUGUAACAGCAGCCCACAAUUUUUAGGUGUAGCUACUGCACUUUAUGUUAAAUUAACUUACAUGUUCUGACAAAAGCUACACUUGUGUCAAAAAAGAAAAAAAAGGCAGUUUUUAUCAGAUUCACAGGUUUACAGAGUGCACCUUCAUGAUAAUAUUAGUACCCAAAGAAGUAUGUGAUUGGCAUACAGGGGGUUUGUGCACUGUCCUGAUCAUACAUAGGAAUAAACAUGCACAAGUACGUGUAUUAUGUUGGAGUAUAAAGUGAUUUAUAUGCACCCUCAGGUUUUAAAGCCCCAAAAUGCUUUCUUCCCUUGCUGGCAGGAAGUGUGUGGGUUUGUAGUCUUUAUGUUCAAUUAGUAUUUUAGUUUAAUUAGUGGGAUGCAAUAGUGUGUUGAGCAUAAUGUAGAUUCUGUAUAUUGGUGUGUGAUAUUCAUCAUUCCUUGAAGAUUAAACUUUAGGUUAUUUAAGAAAGGGUGUUUAGCUCUCUGUGAUGGCAAACACUUGCCCAAUUCAGAGUCACUAAGAUUCAAUUAGUAUGUAAGGAGUGGUGUUGGGGUUUUUGUUUUAUGUCAUCUCUGCUGAAGUCUGUAUACCGAAUGUUUGUGGAAAGUGUGUAAUACUUUGCAACAUUAAAUUGUGUUUGGAAUAAAUAUUGUUUGCCUUUUCGUACAUUGUGUUUGUGGAAGAAUGCAGCUGCCAGUAUAAUGCCUUGAAGUAUAGUAAGGAUAACCUCCGUCACAAAGGAGUUCUACCUCUUAGAGGAGGAGGGAGACUGUAUUAGAUAGAAGACCAUUAAUUAACGAGAUAAAGACCAAACUGAUUUUUUGUAGGUAAAGCAAAUACUUGGAAAACUGCAAGCCCAUGAAUCAAUAAGUAUCAAGGAAUGGCUAAGCAUGAAUGGCCUGUGUUUCCACAAAUCCAGAAAUCUAUGUCAGAGUACAUACUUGGAGAACAAAGGCUGUAUCUUCAGUGUUUGUUACCCCACACUGUGCUCCUGACUUAGGCUGCAUAGUAGCUUUGCACCUGCCCCUCUGCUCCUGCUUCCAUUUUACCACAAUUCCUCUCACUCCACGUAAAAGACCUUCUUUGAGACAUUUGCAGAUCCCCAUAAGCCAAUGUGAUUGGGUUUGAAAUAACUGUUGUGCGAAAGCAUAGCUAGAAUUCAAGAAUGUUACUCACCCAGAGUUAAUGUCUUGCAGUUGGUAAGAUGUCAAAAACAGCUGGUGGAUUGGCUCAUAUAUCAUCCUGUUACUCAGCCUGCUCUAUCUGGAGAUUAUUGACAUGGUUUCCCAUGGAAACCAGGAGAACAUCAUCAUACCACUGAAUUUUUAUGAUAACUUCAGAGCUUCUGGCUUCUUUUGACCAGAUAUGACAGAGGAAGAGCCUUAGAGAUAAUUUCCUACAAGCUGUGCAAGACAGAUGGUCAGGAAGAGAAACCAGGCCUCUAAGACAAGCUGUCUCAAGAACCACGUUGUUAAAAUAACAGAGAACUUACCCAGGAAGGAAACCAAAGCAAUGCUCAAGUUCUGGAUGGGCUUUGAUUGUGGCUCAUACCAGCUGCAGCAUCAGGAGCCAGUUACACUUGGAAGGAGUUUCACAGGUCUCUGUUCCAGAGAUGAAGGAAUUACUUCACUACACACACACAGACUAGCCUUUUUCUCCAAACUUAUGAGGCAGAAACUUCCUCAAGAGGGGCAAUUUGAAAUCUCGUAUCACCUGACUGUUGGUAAAACACAGUGCAAACUGAGAAAGACUGAAGUUUGAAAGAGGUGACUUUUAUGCUCACAAACUCAGGAACCAUAAAAAAAGUUUGUAAACUCCCAGCAUAUAAUGAGGAGUUUGUCAAGAGUGAGUGGUGUCUACCUUAUUUAGUUUUCUUCUGUGACAGGAUAUUUGCUGUCCUUGUGGCUAUGGAACAGUUAUACUGUUAGAUUUUGACACCGAUAAGAUUUCUAACACAGUCUGACAGGACAUUAUUAUAAAAGUCCUAGAAAAACUGGGUUUGGCAAAAAGGUUUAAAGAUAAAGGUUUAUAAAAGGUUUAAAGAUAAAGGUUUCUAAAAGGUUUAAAGACAAAUAAGGGUCUUUGCACCAGGUUUCCAUCAUAGGAAGUCUUUGCAUAUCUGAGGUCAUGAGGAGCAGACUGGGUAAGUAAGUGGUAUAUGUUUUCUCCACAGGCACAAGGGAGAGGGCUAAUGACACAGACUAGUGCCUCAUAAAGCACAGUGUGAGGCACACGGCAAAGGGGAAACUAUGUCUGCUGUCUGUCUAACAAAUGCUUGGUUCUUACUUCAUGCUCCAUGUUCAUUUUGUGUCACUUCCCAAACUGUGAUGGACAGCACUAUGUAUUUUCACUGAGGGAAAGGGAUAAUUAC